GACUAGGUCAUGUACCAUAAACACAGCGAUUGGUCUUAGCGUAAUCACUGUAAUGUCUUAUGUUUAUGCAUGUUUUCAGUGAUGGGUUUCGUUUCGUGAAACCAGGCAUUAGUGCUGCAGUAGCUUUUAUGCAAAUCAUAACCAUACAGUGCGUACACGUGGGCGCUGAUAUUUUUCAUUAAUUUAACUUCAUUUGUUUGUUACCCAGAGCACUGUUCACCAUGCAACUAAAAACAAAAGAGUUUGAGUCCUUGUUCACGGACGGACUUAACGCCAUAGCAGACAUCUUUAAAAAGCACCAGUUUGAGCUCCGGAUAGCUGGGGGUGCUGUGAGGGACCUCCUUUCUGGGAUGCGGCCGGAAGAUGUAGACUUUGCUACCACAGCCACCCCUGAUGAAAUGAAGAGCAUGUUCCAGGCAGGGGGGGUCCGGAUGAUCAACAACAAAGGAGAGAAGCACGGCACCAUCACUGCCAGGCUCCACAACGAGAACUUUGAAGUGACCACACUACGCGUGGAUGUGCAAACAGAUGGACGACACGCUGAGGUGGAGUUCACCACGGACUGGCAGAAGGAUGCAGAGCGCAGGGAUCUUACCAUAAACUCCAUGUUCCUUGGCUUAGAUGGGACUUUGUACGAUUAUUUCAACGGCUAUGAGGACCUCCAGAACCGAAAGGUCCGAUUCGUGGGCAGUGCAGCUCAGAGGAUCCAGGAGGACUACCUACGGAUUUUACGCUAUUUUAGGUUCUACGGCCGUAUUGCUACACAACCUGGGCAGCACGAGUCUGAUACGCUCCAGGCUAUCAGGGACAAUGCCAGUGGACUGGCAUCCAUCUCCGGAGAACGUAUCUGGGUUGAGCUGAAGAAGAUGUUGGUGGGAAAUCAUGCUGCCCACCUGCUAGAUCUUAUUUAUGAGCUAGGCGUGGCCCAGUUCAUUGGCCUGCCAGAAGGUGGCAACGUGGAGGAGUUGAAGUCUGUGUGGAAAAGGUCCCAAGGCUGGUCACCCAAGCCCAUGACCCUCUUGUCUGCACUUUUCUGCCGCUCUGAUGGUGUGGACAAGCUGGACCUGAGGCUGAAGAUCUCCAAAGAGGAGAAAAACCUGGGCUUCUUCCUGGUGAAGUACAGGCACAAGCUCCUGAAGGCUCAGGAUGAACCACAAGCCCUCAUUCCCUACACCGACUUCAUAAUUGAUUCCAGGGAGCCAGAUGUUCAGCUGAAGGUUUGUGAGCUCUUGAAGUAUCAAGGUGAGGGACAGCUGCUGCAUGAGAUGAAACGAUGGACCAUCCCUCGCUUCCCCGUUAGUGGGCACGAUCUCCGCAAAAUAGGCAUCACAUCGGGCAAGGAGAUUGGGACUGUCCUGCAGAACCUGAGAGAAAUCUGGAAGAAGAGCCGCUACCAGAUGGACAAGGAGGAGCUUCUGAGCCAAGUGGACAGAUCAUGAUGUGGAACUGCGGUUCACAAAAGCAGGUUGUGACCUCCAGGAAGGCUGUGUACUGCUGUGGGAGCUCCAUCUGUGCUCCACCUGUCGGCAGGCUGGAGAAGAUGGUGAAAGAGCAGAUCUGUGACACACAGAGGACCUCACUCUGUGUGGGCUUCCAGAAACCUCACUCUGUGUGGGCUUCCAGAAACCUCACUCUGUGUGGGCUUCCAGAAACCUCACUCUGUGUGGGCUUCCAGAAACCUCACUCUGUGCUCCACUUUCCUUUCCUCCUUCUGUGGUUUCACAGCAGUCCUGUGAUCCAUUGAGAAGAUCUGGGGGGUUCCAAAGAACUCUUUUCAUGUCUGCUGCUCCUUAUAAUUUAACAGGUUUAGGCAUCAGGUGGUAUUAUUAUUGUUAUUUCAGAAAAUUUAUUUUUAAGAGGGCACUGUUUUACUUGAUCAAAUAUACUGUCGUCAAAAAUGGUACCAGUUUGUACCUUUGCUUUUCACUGUGGCUGUACCCUGCCAAUUGUACCCUAUAGCUGUAGGUAAAUGUACCUUUUAAGGUGCAGAAAUGGACUCUGAGGAACAUCCCCAAGGUACAAACAAUAUUAAUGUACCCCCAAUGGUACAAAAAUGAUCCUUAUAGUCCAUUUCUGUAUCUUAAAAGGUACACUUACCCUUGUGGGUACAGCCCGUGACAAGCAAAGGUACAAAUUGGUACCCUUUUUUGUUAAACCAUACUAUGACAGAUUAAUGGAAAGUAUGACUUUAAUAUAAAAUCAUUAGCUGUCUUUUUGUGUUCAGUUUUUUUAUAUCCAAAAGUUCAUGCAUUUUCAUUUUUUCAGUAGCUAUUUAUCCUGUGCAUACCCCUUUCCCAGGAAGCACCUAAGAUCUGACGUCAUUCUAUUGCCCUAUAUAAUUAAACACACAGAGACAUGGAUAACUUCCUAGGGAAAUGUACUCAGCAGUUCAUCUGAACCAUAGUCGUUGGACUGAGAAAAUUUGAGCAGAAGGAGAACAGUGCAAGCUCCAUGCACACACACAUUCAUGGUCAGAGGGGUGUGAGUCUACCUUGUUUUCUGUAUUUUGAAACCUGUAUUACUUAAAGUAAUACGUUGAGUUUCUCAGAAGGAGUCUUAUCAUGAACACAGUGCUCUGUUAAAGAAGCCAUCACAGAUCAGGCUUAUCUUUCCAGAAAGGUUCGUAACGCUAAGUAGUUCGUUAUCUAGAACUUAAGAUAGAUCGUACAUUUGCACGCAUUUCUAGAAACCCUUCGUAACUAAAGUAGUUCGUUAUCUCGUGCUCCGUCGUUCUUUAUUUGAACUUUUGCUUGCAGCCCUGUUACAGGGAUAUAGAUAUCGGCCAAAAUAGACGGCGCAUUUUGGACAUCAUCAUAAUGCUGAUAAGAGGUCAAUAUUGCAAUAUAAAACUAUAACGUCGACUAUAAAUUAAACGAGCAAAUGGGCUCGUUGCUGUGUGCCAUUUGAGUGCAUAGCAAGGAUGUGCACCACUCAGAACUGACUUGAGAAUUACCUUAAAAUCAAAUUAAUUUCAUGAAUCGGUUAAGAACUUAAGUUGCAGAAUCGCAAUUCGACUUUCAAUAUAAGGAAGUAGAAUUCAAAUGGAAUUGAUUUCAUAUAAAUACAUAUACAUAGUGUAAGCGCAGCUUUAACCAUACAGUUAAAUAUUUCAUUUAUAUGAAUUACCGAGCAUGAUAACAUAAACUGCAUACACUAAUCCCGCCUCAAUCCCCCACGUGAUCACGGAUGAUUGCGGCGGCAAAAAGUACCCGUUGACCGUGCCCGUUUGAACACCUGCCUGAAAAGUCUGUGCGUGUCACUGUUAUUCAUAAUAAAUGUCACAUUUGAAGUGUCACAACAUUUUUUAAAAUAUGCAAAAAGAAAAUGUGUAUGCACAUGGAAAAGUACUUAGAGGACUAACAUAAACCCAAUGCAUAUUGUUAAAACAGCUAAAACAAUUACGCAAUUAUUUUACAAUCAUGUAAAGUUCACUUACUAGUACAUAUAUAAGGUCAAUAUACCGCGGGUUGGAAGUAGUUCUGUUAUGUAAUUAUUUGUUUUGCUAGAUGAAAUGACAUUCAUAUGUUGUAUGAUUGCAUUAAAUUGAAAUGAAUUAAAUUCUCACAUUCCAAUUCAACAUCUUACAGGGUUGUGGUCAAUUCAAAAUCCAAUUCAUAAAUUCUGAACAACCCUGGAAAGCUACAUAAUGAACUAACCAAUCAAACUUGCUAUGUGUUCAGUCAGAUCUUUUGAACUGGGAAAGUGAAUCUGGUGUUAAUUUGAUAAAAUCCAACUAAAAGAAUGAAGUGCUUAUGGAAAUGUUAACAUAAUGGUAUCAUUAGGAAUAGGGGUUGCCCUAUAUUUGCUGGCGUAAUUGGCUAUAUCCCGUUUAGACAAAACACUACAAUAAAUAUUUUUGAAGAAUA